AUGUUUGACUUGCUUGACGCCUCUUGGAGGCCAGCUGAGCGCAUCCUGGGGAACCUGUGGAAAGAGGUGAGUGAGGACGGCGGCGUGGCCAAGGCCAGCAAGGACGAGGUGACCGCAGCGCUCAAGGAGCACUGGACGAAGAGGCAGGCGGACAGCCUCUUCUACCGGCUGUACCCUCAGUCGGCCUCCGGCACGUCGGAGGAGGACAUGGACAGGUGGUGCCGCAGGGUUGCCGCCCGGCUGGCCGGGGAGGAGGAGGCCGACGGCGACGAGCCCGUCUCCGACGCCGUCAUGUCGGGCGCCAUCGCGGGGAUGGCGAUGGCGGAGAAGCAGAAGGAGGAGGAGAAGCAGGCCCUCACCCAGACGCUGCUGGACCUGCUCCCCGGCGGCCCCCCGCAGGCGCCGGCCGCGGCGCCGCUAGCCGCGGCGUCGGCCGCGGCGGCGGCGCCUCCAGCGGCCGCGGCCGCGACGCCAUCGGCGGCGUCGGCCUCCAGGCCGCCGCCGCCCGGCCGGAGCGGAGACGGCCCCGCCGCGGCCGCGGCUGAGGCAGCCGGGCAGGACCUGGCGAAGCUGUCGGUGAGAGAGCUGAAGCAGCGGAUCUCGGCCACCGGGGCCAAGUUGCCUCCAGGCCUGUCCGAGAAGUCGGAGCUGGUGGAGUUCCUGCGGUCGGCGUUGGCAAGCGCCGGCGCCGCGCCGCCUCCAGCCGAGUUUGGUGAAUUGGGCGUGGAGCCUUGGCCGUUCGCGCGGCCAAGGAAUUCAGGCCUCCCUGCCAAGCAGAGCGAGGGGCGGGCAGGCCUUCGUGCGCCCGACAAGGCCAUAUCUGGCACGCCCCUGGCGUCGCUCGCAAAGGGCACGGAGGUCGCCUCACCGCCGCAGAGGGCCCUUGACUCUGAGGAUCUUUCUCGUGGCCUGCAGCAGGGGCGUUGCCAGGACGAGCUGUGGCCGCGCGGCGCGGCCGCCGCGGCGACCUGGGCGUCGAGAAACUGCCCCGAGCAGCGCUUGCGCGGCGCGCCCUCGGGCCCCGAAGGCGUGGCCCUCGCGGCGCCCCGCCGCGGAGCGGCGGUCGGGGCGCCAGAGGCGGGGGCGCAGCUCACGGGGGCUCCGCCGCCAGGCGCCACGGCGGGGGACAGCGACUCGGACAGCGAGUCGUCGAGCUCCGACGCAGGUGGCCAUCCGCUCCGGAUUCGGCGCUUCGUGGACAAGCUGUUGAGACCCGAGCAGGACCAGGCCGUCUGCAGUGGCAUCACGAACCCGUUCGUGAACCCGAACGAGAGGUGGACGUGCUACGAGGUCGCCAAGCUGGUGCUCCUCGGGCCCACGCUGCUGCCAAUCAGGAUAAUCCUCCUGGUGUUGCUCGUGUUGCUCGGGGGCGUCGUGGCGAUGGUGGCUACGUGCGGCUUCCCGGUGCAGAGAGAGGCGGGUUGCGUCUUCCACGCGGAGCCCCUCCCGAGGUGGCGGAGAAUACUGCUGCAGCCCCUCAUGGGCAUCAAUUUUCUCAUGCUCCUCUGCUUCGGCUUCUGCAGCGUGCAGGUGGACGACCACCGCAAAGAGGGCGACAUAAAGCCUGGCAUCAUAGUGGUAUCCCCGCAUCUGACAGACAUUGACAUCCUCUGCGGAUUGUCAUGCUCUUUCACGUUUUCGGCAGCGUCUCCGCGUUGGGGGACGUGA